AUGUGUUUUGUCACAAUAAACCGCUGGCGAUCAUGCCAGCACGACGAACGCACAAAGAUUGUUACCGCUUUCUGCACCAACGCCAAAGCCAGUGCCCGGGCUGGAGCUUCGUCGGCCGGUCCGAGAUACUGCGGUCGCGGGAUGUGCUCACCUCAGUACAUCAAUGAAUACGACUCCGACGACCCCAGCGGUGGUGUCUGUCCUGACUGCACCACCGAAAUGGAGGAAGCUGAAAGACACAAUCAACAGGAGCAGCCUCCAGGAGAUGGCAGCGAUGCUUCUACACCGACAAGUCAACGAACCGGGCCCGAAAUCUUUCAGGUCUACCAGAACUAUCGGGCCGACAAUCCAUUACCCAAUGUCACAUCACCUCUCCCUCCCCGGCAGCCAUUCCCCCCCUGGGAAGAAUCUCUCUCUCGCCCCGUGCCCCUGAACAUCCCCGUCGUGAUGCCUCAGCAGUACUACCAGCCGUACCUCCAGGCGCACCUCCACCCAGCUUCAAGGCUUCACCCCCCGGGUACACCACCAGUUCCUCCUCCUCGUCCAAAUUGGUCGUUCAUCUACAACCUCAAGAAUGCUGGACGAGAGAACUCUGCAACGAGUUCGGGUUCGUGGUCCUCGAAUAUUGUGCACCGUGUGUCUUCUAACUAUCCGCAGAGAACGAGAGUUGCGAUUGAGCAGGCUGUGGCUAAUCAGACGCCGGAGAGGAGGGCCGAGCUUCUGAGAGGAUAUGCAAAUAUGAUCUCAAUGUCGUUCGAAUAG